AUUGUGCAUCAGAAAACGAAUAUUUAUGUUUAAUUAAAAUAUUGUUGUUCAAAAAAUCAAACAAAAAAAUAAGCCAUUACAAGUAUUUACAGUUCCCAAUACAUUCUGUUUGAAAACGAAAUUCUCAUUUCACAUGAGUGAAAUAAGUUGACUUAAACAUCCACAACUAGCGUCAAUUAGUCACCGAGAAAGCGCAGUUACAGUGCGUUUCCGUUGCUGUAUCGCCGCCAUGACUUCCAGACGUUGUGGUUUAAUACGCCGCCUUCUCUUCAUAAUUAUUGGAAUACUUUUUAUAAUAGCUGGAGUAUUGUUAUAUAUAAAUUGGAUAGACAUAUUUACGCGAAUGCGGGGAAAGGAAAUGGCACUAAGUCCAACAUCACCAGCCUAUCCAAAUUGGAAAGUAUCACCACUGCCAUUGUACUUGGAUGUUUAUUUAUUUAAUUGGACAAAUCCAGAAGAUUUUUAUGUGGGUUCCAAACGAAAACCUAAAGUAGAACAAAUUGGACCGUACCGUUUUCGAGAAAAACCAGAUAAAGUCGACAUAGAAUGGCAUACGUCUAAUGUCUCUAUAUCUUUUCGUAAAAAAAGUUUAUUUUAUUUUGAUGCAAAUAGCAGCCGUGGAAGUUUGGAGGAUAAAAUUACCUCUGUCAAUACAGUAGCACAUACUGCAGCUCUACGCGCCAAAAAUGAAAAUAUAUUUCAAAAGUUACUUUUAAAAAAAGGUCUGCAAUUAUUUAAACAAGGUGUAUCUAUAACAAAAACAGCAGAAGAGUGGAUGUUUAAAGGCUUUAUCCAUCCACUUGUUAAUAUGGGUAAAAUUGCUUCACAAUUCAGUGAUGAUUUUAAAGUACCUUACGAUCGAAUUGGAUAUUUUUAUACUCGCAAUGAUAGUGCUUACUAUGACGGACAUUUCAAUAUGUUCACUGGUGCUGACGAUGUCCAUAAAAUGGGUCAAAUUCAUACAUGGAAUCAUAUGACACACAACGGUGUAUUUCCAGACCAAUGUGGGGAAGUAAAAGGCUCAAUGGGAGAAUUUUUUCCACCAAAUCUUACCACCAAUGACACCAUUUAUAUAUACUUGCCAGAUCUAUGUCGAGCCAUACCAUUAGAUUAUACUGAGACUGUUAAAAUACAUGGAGUAACAGCGUACAAAUUUAGUGGUGGCAGGAGAUCAAUAGACAACGGCACACUUUAUCCAGAGACUAAAUGUUUUUGUGUGAAUGGAAAAUGUGAAGCUUAUGGUGUGAUAAAUAUUGGUCCCUGCAAAUACAAUUCCUCAUCGUAUACAUCGUAUCCACAUUUUUAUCAAGCAGAUCCAAGCUUCUUAGAAGCAAUCGAUGGGCUUAAACCAGAUAAGGAAAAACAUGAAUUUUUUAUGACUCUUGAACCGAAUGGUGGAUUAGUUAUGGAUGUAGGCGGCGGUUUUCAGGGAAAUUAUUUAUUAGAACCAAUUGCAGGCAUUCCACCCUUUAAUAAUAUCGAACGUACUUUCAUGCCACUAAUGUGGGCUGAAGAACGCGUACGUGUUUCAGCUGAAAUUGCAAAAGACAUCGCUUUAGUGCCUUUCAUAGUGCUAUUAGGACAAAUACUAACUGGAAUGCUAUUCGCUGGUGGUAUAAUUCUAAUUUGUUGGUAUCCAACAAAAUGUAUAACACAUUUGUGUCAUGAUCCAAAGAAGAAAUCAAGUCUAUUAAACCCAUUAUCAUGUAAUAGAACAGUAACUUUAAUGACACAGCAAAGUAAAUCUAAUGGAACUUCAGUGCCUUUAUUGGACUAUAAAAAUGGCAAAUUUAUACAACCCAAUGGUAUCGUAAAAGAUAGUUUAUUAAACAACACCCUUAGUGUGCAGAACGAUGUGAUAAUUAGAUAAUAAUUAUAUAAAUUUAAUGUAAAAAUUUCUUAAUGUAUAUUGAUAUUUUUAGUUAUUUUGCAUAUAUUACCGCUUCAGUAAUGAGUGAUUAAGAAGUAUGAUUUCACUUAGAUAGAGUAUCUCUACGUAUACCGUAUUGAACGCCUUAUGGAAAGUACAAUUUAUGUACAAUUUUCGUUUAUAUAAUGUGCUGUGAAUUUUGUCUUUAACUAAAUUGAUUAGAAUCAUAAAUUAAAUUGGCACCUUGAUUUAUUAAAUUUAUUUGUCAAACUUAGCUUUAAAACAAUAUAGUAUAGUCUAUAUAUUAAAAAUAUAAUAUGGUAAAGCUAAAUUAUGCAUAUCGUAAAACAUAUGAAAUUUGUAAAUAU